GCAGAAACCCUUUCGGGGGGUGAGUAGUGUUUCUUACUGUAUGUAUUUCUUAUAUCACAAUCAACUACAAGAAGGAAGCUAGGAAGGCCAAAGUUAUCAUUAUAUUCUUUUGUUUUCUUUGCCCACCCACCAUAUCAUGCAGCUCCUAUAGCUUAGCUGCGCUUUGCUACGGAGCUAGCUAGGAUCAUAUAGAGUCUGUCUUGUAGUUGAUUACAGCUUAAUUGGUACUGGAAUCAAAGCUUGAUUCAUUUCUGGCCUGGUUCCAUCAUAUCGAUCUCUAGCUGACAGAAACACUAGCUAGCUAGCUAGCUAGAGCUUUACGUACGGUGGUCUGGUUUUGCCGAUCGGUCGUGCUUUAAGCGCUGACUGUUUAGUUUGAGAGAGAAUUAAAAAAUGAGUGAUCCGAAGAAAGGAGAAGCCAAGGACACGGCGGCGGCGGCGGCGAGCAAAGGAGAUGGGAAGGACACGACGGCGAACAAAGGACCAGCGAAGAAGGAAGAGGACAAGAAUGUACAAAUACCAAAGGAUCAGCUUCAGGGGAUUUCUUAUUGCAUCAUCAGUCAUCCUCCAUGGCCUGAGACCAUUCUUCUUGGAUUCCAACACUAUCUAGUGAUGCUUGGGACAGCUGUGAUUAUUCCCUCCGCUCUUGUUCCCCAGAUGGGAGGUGGAAAUGAGGAGAGAAUCAGAGUCAUUCAGACGUCUCUGUUUGUGACUGGGAUAAACACGCUGUUGCAGAGUUUGUUUGGGACCAGACUGCCUGCUGUUAUGGGAGGGUCCUACACCUUUGUUGUCCCAACCCUUUCUAUCAUCUUUUCUGGUCGUUGGAAUGACCCUGACCCCAUUUCGAAAUUCAAGAAGAUAAUGCGGGCCACACAAGGUGCAUAUAUGAUUUCCUCAACUCUUCAGAUAGUCCUCGGUUUUAGUAGUCUCUGGCGCAGCAUUACAAGUCAUUUGAGUCCGCUUUCAGCAGUUCCUUUGGUUUGCCUUGCUGGUUUUGGUCUAUACGAGCAUGGUUUCCCUGCGGUUGCAGGUUGUAUUGAAAUAGGAUUACCACAGCUUCUCAUCGUAGUCUUUAUCUACCUGUAUUUGGGUCGCCUCUUAAAUGGAGGGAAAGAUGGUUGUGUUCGUCUCGCUGUUGUAAUUUCGGUGACUAUUGUAUGGCUAUAUGCCUACAUACUUACGGUUAGUGGAGCCUAUAGUCACAGGUCACUAAAAACCCAAAACAGCUGCCAAACUAAUCGCUCUGGUCUCGUUCAUGCUGCCCCAUGGAUUAAGAUUCCAUACCCCUUUCAAUGGGGAGCACCUUCAUUUGAUGCGGGUGAUUCCUUUGCAAUGUUGAUGGCCACAUUUGUUGCUCUUGUAGAGUCCACAGGUGGGUUCAUUAUUGUUGCAAGGUUUGCAAGUGCAACUCCAGUUCCACCAUACGUUCUAAGCCGUGGUGCAGGUUGGCAGGGAAUUGGCAUUUUUUUAUGUGGGAUAUUUGGUACCGGAGUUGGAUCUUCUGUAUCAAUAGAAAGUGCUGGCCUUCUAGCAGCUACACGUAUUGGCAGUCGAAAAGUAGUUCAGGUCUCUGCUGGCUUCAUGAUUUUCUUUUCUAUUUUUGGGAAAUUUGGAGCAGUCUUAGCUUCAAUUCCAAUACCAAUAGUCGGCGCUUUGUAUUGCCUGCUUUUUGCUCAUGUUGGUGGUGGAGGUUUAACCUUGCUUCAAUUUUGCAACCUGAAUACCUACAGAACAAAGUUCAUUCUUGGCUUUUCCAUCUUUCUUGGUUUGUCCAUCCCUCAGUACUUCAACCAAUAUGCUGCCAUCAAUGGCUACGGACCUGUCCACACGAGUGGGAGAUGGUUUAAUGACAUAGUCAAUGUGCCGUUCUCGUCGAAAGCUUUUGUUGCCGGGGUUGCGGCAUAUUUCUUAGACAACACAACACGUACCAAGUCUGAAGCAAAGGACAGUGGGGUGGAGUGGUGGGCGAAUUUCAAGUCUCCCAAGUCAGACAAGAGAAACGCGGAAUUCUACAAACUCGCUUUUGAUCUUGACAAACACUCAUAUUAAAAUGUUUGAUUGGUAGAUGUAAUGAUCGUUCCAACUUUUUUCAUUCAUUCUCCUCCAAUGCAUGUUCAUGUGCACACAACCAAAUAUCUUAUUAUAUGUAUAUGUAUUAUAAUAUUUAUACUACGUAUAUACUAGCUAGUGUAAUCUUACAACUUGGCGCUGAUACCUAGAACAAUUAUUUAUUUGUUACAUAAUAUGCUCAUAGCCUCAUAUAGAAUGAUAUUAUUAUAUACAGAGUUUUGUUCCAAUGACAAUAA